GGUCAAAUCGGGACUGGCUUCACUCGGUUGGGUCUAUGUUUAUGUAAUGUUGGUCCUAAAGUUGUUUUGUGCCAUUCUAUAAUAUUCCAUUACUCAUGAGCACUUCUGUUUAUUUAAUUUUCUCUCACAUAGACAAAGUAAUAAUAAAGGGCAUUAGAAGUGCAUGUGGCCCUGUCAAUCAUCUCAGUAUGUUCCUCUGUUCUACACCAUUCUCUGAAUGGUGCGAGUGUACAUGUGAGCGUACAACAGAGACCAGCCCCCUCUCUGUCACUCAACUACCUCUCUAAUUCCCUCUGGUGGAUCCAGCGACUGCACUCCCAAGUUCUUGGUCCAAAGAUCCAAAGAUCUUGAAUCUUUGAACCCCAUAAGAAACUGCUCUUCUUGGGUGGAUACAAACAUAUUUUUUAUAAACUGUUUGACUGUAUUUGUGUGAGGGAGCAACUGCAAGAUGAUAGCUUCACGUAGCUGGCUGUUGGGGCUUAUCGUAGCUCUGCUUUGCACUGGACCGUUCGGGGAUUCUGUGCAGGCUGAAGAAAAGCUGCGAAGUGAGGAAGCCGAGGUGCUGAUUGGUCUGGACCCUACUGGAGGUGAGAAAGAGGAGGUGGCUGAUCAGGAGGAGGUUGGAGAUGUAUCUGAAGAGUAGAUGAAGAAGUGGAAGGAGAUGGGGAAGCAGAGGGAGCUGAAGAUGAAGACGAUGGAGAGGAAGCUUCUGAGGAAGAGGUGACACCAGAAGAGGAGAUAACUAAGGAGGCAGAAGCAGCUGAGGCAGAAGCUGAGGAUGAGGAUGAGGCAGAAGAGGAAGUAGCAGAGGAAGAUGAUGAGGCAGAAGGAGUAAUAGAUGAAGAGGACGCAGCAGCGGAAGAUGAAGAGGAGGAAUACACAGAGCAAGAGGUAGAAGUAGCAGAAGAGGAGGUUGCAGAGGAAGAGGAGUUAGAAGUAGAGGAAGGAUUAAAAGAAGAAGAGGAUUCAGCACAACAGAUAACAGAGGAAGAAGAAACAGCCACAGAGGAUGAGGCAGAAGAGGGAGCAGAUGAAGAGGAAGUAGCAGAGGAAGAUGAUGAGACAGAAAGAGUAAUACAUGAAGAGGAAGCAGCAGAGGAAGAAGAAGAGGAGGAAUACAUGGAGGAAGAGGUAGAAGUAGCAGAAGAGAAGGAGGCAGAGGAAGAAGAAGAGGGGGAAUACACAGAGGAAGAGCUAGAAUUGGCAGAAGAGGAGGAGGCAGAGGAAGAGGAGGUAGAAGUACAGGAAGGAUUAGCAGAAGAAGAGGAUUCAGCACAACAGAUAACAGAGGAAGAAGAAACAGCCGCAGAGGAUGAGGGAGCGCCAGGUGAGGAAGAGGAAGAUGAGGAAAAGGAAACUGCUGAUGAAGAUGAUGAGGAGGCUGGAGAUGAAGUUGAAGAUGAAGAGACCACAGUUGAAGAUACUGUUGAAGAAACUGCCAAUGAGGAAUAUGUAGAGGGAGAAGAGUUGGUCUCCAGGAAGGAUGUAAUGUAUAGCUCCGGCUCUUUCUGUGCCCUUUGCUCAGUCUGUAAGCACUGCGGUACCUGUGACAAAUGUCCCUGUGAGGAAGGGGACACAUCAGCACACUGCAAUCACUGUGAAGAUUGUUCCUACUGUUACGUUUGUCCUGUGAUAUGUGAAACAGUCUGCCAGCCAGGUGGAAUUCUUGAUGUACUGAGCGGUUCUCUCUACCAGAAGGUAAACAUGUUGCUCUGAAUACGUUCAGCAUUCUUCACAGCGCCAUCUCUUGGUGAACAGAGGAACUACAGAAUAGCACUCAAGUCAUUCAUUUGUAGGCCUAUCUAUUUGACUGGCAAGAUCUGGGUAUUCUCACUCUGAGGCCAGCAAUGAGAGUGGACAACCUAUCUUAAAUAUAAGCAAGGAACUGCCAGGACCCUAAUGUUUACCAUUUAAUGUUACUUUAAAGGUGACUUUAUAGACUGCAUUAAAUGAAUAACAAAUAUGGUUACGUGCAAAUGAUCUCAUUUAGUACUUAUAUAAUAUUUCACAAUAUUACUGUUUUUGACUGUAUUUUUGAUUAAAUAAAUGCAGUAUUGGUGAACAUAAGACUCUUCUUAUUCAAAGCAUAAAAUCUUACUGGCCCCAAGCUUUUGAAUGAAUGUGGAGUAACCUACAUAAAAUAAUAACAAAGGUAAUAACAAAUGUUCAGGUCAACAUGAAUGUGUUAGUUCUCUCUGUACAACUAAAUCAUAAAAUGUAAUUCUGGUUUCAGAUAAAUCAGUGUCAGUUUAAAGAAAUGUGUAUACAUUUUAAGUGUGUGAAUAAAGAGAUACACUAAAUACA